UGUUAAACUUCUGAUAAUAAAAUACGUUACAAAUUCUAUUCAGUACCAGAUCGUUUGUUUCAAUGAGAAAAUGUCAAAUUUCAAGGUAUCGCAAGUUGGCAGAAAAGUCACCCCGCUUCUGUCUUUCAUAAGAGAUUUUUUGCGACAGACCAGUAAAUCUAACAAUAACAUAUACAGAGAACCAUUAAGAUAUGAAGAUCAAGUUGUAAAAAGAACACAACCACUGCCAUGUUUACCUGAUGGUCCCUCUAAUAAAUUGUCAAAUAAUGCGUAUUGUGGAAGAGAUGGACGAAGAUUUUGUAUGCCUCCAGAGAAUGUAUACAAUGCAAAAGUAGCAUUAGCAGCGGGAAAAGCUAUAGAAUCUGGCACUUCAGGACAAUCCGCUGUUAUGUCUAAACGUAUUGUUGCACCAUCCAUGCCAAGAGCUUAACAGACAAUAUUAGUUAAACAGAUUUUUUUAAUUGAUUGUUUGAUAUUUAUAAAAUAAUAUACAUGUAUCUUUAAAAGAA